UUGUGUUUUUCUGCUUUCAACGGCUGCUCUCUUUCUCUUUUGCUCUGCUCUCGCUUUUCAUCUCGCAGCGAGAAUCAAAGUUUCUCUGUCACCGUCGAGACUUUGAAAGCCAGGUUCGCUCUUUGUUCUCUCCGUGUGGGUUUUAAACAUUUAACACUUUCUUUUGUUUCUUUGUGUUUCCUGUUGCAGAAAGUCAGCGAGAAGGUCGGUGGCGCGGAAGGAACCAAACUAGAUGAUGACUUCAAAGAAAUGGAAAAGAAGGUGGACAUCACCAGCAGAGCCGUGUUGGACAUCAUGACCAGAACUACCGAGUACCUACAGCCUAAUCCAGCCUCCAGAGCCAAGCUGAGUAUGAUCAGCACCAUGUCAAAGAUCCGCGGGCAGGAGAAGGGACCCGGGUACCCGCAGGCCGAGUCCGUCCUGGGAGACGCCAUGCUGAGGUUCGGACGGGAGUUAGGGGAGGAGUCCAGCUUCGGCCAGGCUCUGAUCGAUGCCAGCGAGGCGAUGAAGGAGCUGGGUGAGGUGAAGGACGCUCUGGACAUGGAGGUCAAACAGAACUUCAUCGACCCGCUGCAGAACCUCCAUGACAAAGACCUCAAAGAGAUCCAGCACCACCUGAAGAAGAUGGAGGGCCGGCGUCUGGACUUUGACUACAAGAAGAAGCGCCAGGGGAAAGGGGUCCAGGACGAGGAACUCAAACAGGCGCUGGAGAAGUUCGACGAGAGCAAAGAGGUCGCCGAGCAGAGCAUGUUCAACCUGCUGGAGAGCGACAUAGAGCAGGUGAGCCAGCUGGCAGCGUUGGUACAAGCUCAGCUGGAAUACCACACCCGCUCGGCCGAAAUCCUCCAACAGCUCGCCAGUAAAAUGGAGGACAGGAUAAAAGAAGUGUCCAAUAAACCGAGGAAGGAGUACACUCCCAAACCCCGAAUGACUCUGGAGCUGCUGCCGUCCAGCGAGAGCCACAACGGGGGGAUCCACUCGGCCAAGUCGCCCGGAAGAUCACUAGCCCCCAUGGACCAGCCGUGUUGCCGAGCGCUCUACGACUUUGAACCAGAGAACGAGGGCGAGCUGGGCUUCAAAGAGGGCGACAUCAUCACCCUGACCAAUCAGAUCGACGACAACUGGUACGAGGGCAUGAUCAACGGCCAGUCGGGCUUCUUCCCCAUCAACUACGUCGAUAUCCUGGUGCCGCUCCCCCAUUAGUUCCCCCCCCCACCAAUGACCUGACCCUCAAACCCCUCGACUAAUCCAGACACCCUGAAAAACAUAAAACCACGCCCUCCUUCUACUUCUUCUUCCUGUGCUUUUUGUGCGAUUCUGCUUUCACAAAAACCGGACUGCAAUGGCGGAGACGGGGAUGGACGAGACGAGGCAGUGGGACGGG